AUGAUGGAAGCGAGCACUGCAGUCCUCUUAAUGGCUCUUUAUGAUGUUCUAGGUCAGCAGUGCAUUAGAGGAGCGUUUCCUUAUGCAAUGACCUUCUCAACCACAGAAAUGUUCAGCAAAACUUCAACAGCUCAAACAAGAGAGAAAGAGAGAGAGGAAACUAUGUGUGAGAACAUUACGUUUCCCCAUGAACCAGAAAGUUUGUGCAACUUUUCUUGUCAAAUCAGGAUCCAAAUUUUGCCAAAAGACACAUUUUGCUUCAUCCAAACAUCCGGACAGCAGACAGAUGGACAGCACAAGGCUGUGCUGAGCUGCAUCCAUCCAUCCUCAGGAGUCCUAUCACUGGACAUGUUUGGGAAACAAAUCAAUCAGUGUCAAUUAGAGCUGCAUUCAAAGCCAGCCACAUCCUGGUAG